ACCCGGGCUCACUGGCUCCUGACCGGAGGGGCCUUCUCUUCCAGACUCAGGGGUGGAGGAACACGUGUGAGUUCCCAGGAGCAAGCUGGCUGGUCCCGUGCUGUGGGUGGUGCUGAGGGCUCUCCCAUGCCAGGGAAAUGACAGGAUCCCAUGGCUGAAUCUCUAAGCCUUGGUGUGUCCGUUUCCUGCGGCUGCGGUAACGGUUACCACCGCCCUGGGGCUUAAGGCAACCAGAAUGUAUUCUUCCACAGUCCUGGAGCCAUAAGUCUGAAACCGAGGUGUCAGCAGGACUGUUCUCCCUCUCAGGGCCCUGGGCGGCUCCUUCCUGCCUCUUCCAGCUCCUUGCGGCCACCGGUGUCCUCGCUGUGUGUCACUCCCAUCUCUGUCCCCUUCUAGUCUUGUAAGGACAUAUGCCAUUGGGCUUGGGGCCUGCUCUGAACCCAGGAUGCUCCCAGCUAGCUUUUCUCCAACUAAGGGUCCAUGUACGAGGCAGACGUGUUUCCAGGGAUGCUGUGCAGCCCACCGCACCUGGUUUUCUCAGAUACUGAACACAGCAGUCCUCACGGGCAGAAACUGCCUGUGGGCUGCCCUCCCACCGCACCAGGUGGCGACAGCAUGACAGACCUUCUGCGGGCGCCUGGCGAGGGGAAAGAGCAAGACCACCCUUCAAGCAGAUCCUUACAUUUGGGUGUGCAGCCUGACAGCCUAGAGGUUCCAGGAGUGACAGCCUUGAACAAGGACCCUUGUCAAGAAACGGUCUCUGGGUCGGAGGAGACAGUGCCUUUAGGGGCUGCUCAGGAGUCACUGAACGUUAAGGCGGAGCCAGAGGAGCUGCACCCCGAGGGGGUGCUGCAGGAGGACAGGGCUGACAGUGCACGGGGCUGGACACCCCCGAGUCGUGGCUGGAAGGAGAAAGUGCUGUUCUUGCCGGGUGCAGCCAUCCCCUCCUCUGGGAUCCCCAUGCUUUCCUGCGAGGGGAGGGCCAGAGACCGGCAGAUGGCCGCAGCUCUCCUCACUGCCUGGUCCCAGAUGCCAGUGACCUUUGAGGAUGUGGCUCUGUACCUCUCCCGGGAGGAGUGGGGACGGCUGGACCACACGCAGCAGAGCUUCUACAGGGACGUCCUGCAGAAGAGAAACGGGCUGUCCUUAGGGUUUCCUUCCAGCAGGCCUUUCUGGGCCUCCCAAGUGCAGGGGAAGGGCGAGGCCUCUAGCUCCUGCCUGAGCUCCUGCCAGCGGAUGGAGGAGGGGGAGAGAAGCACCCACACAGGAGCUGUGGAGGUGGGGACGGAGGUCCCCACCGGGUCCCAGGCAGCCCCUGGGGAUGGCAAGCACAGAGCCAGGGCGGGCCAGGCCCAGGAGUCUGUCCUGCGGGGGAGCCAGAGCUCAGGGCCAGCCGGAGAGGAGCAGCCUGCUUCCCCAGAAGCGGGACUGUCGAAACCAGCUCCUCCCCACGCCAGUCCCUUGAAGAUUCCGGUGGGCCGUGAGCCCGAGAAACCCUGCGAGGAGGAGAAAGGCGUCCCCGAGAGCAGUGAGGAGGGCCUGGCCGCCGACAGCGACGCGAGCAAGACCUACAGGUGCGAGCAGUGCGGCAGGGGCUUCAGCUGGCACUCGCACCUGGUGACGCACCGGCGCACGCACACGGGCGAGAAGCCCUACGCCUGCACCGACUGCGGCAAGCGCUUCGGCCGCAGCUCGCACCUCAUCCAGCACCAGAUCAUCCACACGGGCGAGAAGCCCUACACCUGCCCGUCCUGCUGGAAGAGCUUCAGCCACCACUCGACGCUGAUCCAGCACCAGCGCAUCCACACAGGCGAGAAGCCCUACGUGUGCGACCGCUGCGCCAAGCGCUUCACCCGCCGCUCGGACCUGGUCACCCACCAGGGCACGCACACGGGCGCCAAGCCGCACAAGUGCGCCAUUUGCGGCAAGUGCUUCACGCAGAGCUCCGCCCUGGUCACCCACCAGCGCACGCACACCGGGGUCAAGCCCUACCCGUGCCCCGAGUGCGGCAAGUGCUUCAGCCAGCGCUCCAACCUCAUCGCGCACAACCGCACGCACACGGGCGAGAAGCCCUACCACUGCCUCGACUGCGGCAAGAGCUUCAGCCACAGCUCGCACCUCACGGCCCACCAGCGCACCCACCGCGGCGUGCGGCCCUACUCCUGCCCGCUCUGCGGCAAGAGCUUCAGCCGGCGCUCCAACCUGCACCGGCACGAGAAGAUCCACACCACCGGGCCCAAGCCGCACAGCUGUGGACAGUGUGGGAAGCGCUUCCGCUGGGGCUCGGACCUGGCGCGGCACCAGCGCACGCACACGGGCGAGAAGCCGCACAAGUGCCCCGAGUGUGACAAGAGCUUCCGCAGUUCCUCGGACCUGGUGCGACAUCAGGGCGUGCACACGGGCGAGAAGCCCUUCUCCUGCUCUGAGUGCGGCAAGAGCUUCAGCCGCAGCGCCUACCUGGCCGACCACCAGCGCAUCCACACGGGCGAGAAGCCCUUCUCCUGCUCUGAGUGCGGCAAGAGCUUCAGCCGCAGCGCCUACCUGGCCGACCACCAGCGCAUCCACACGGGCGAGAAGCCCUUCUCCUGCUCUGAGUGCGGCAAGAGCUUCAGCCGCAGCGCCUACCUGGCCGACCACCAGCGCAUCCACACGGGCGAGAAGCCCUUCUCCUGCUCUGAGUGCGGCAAGAGCUUCAGCCGCAGCGCCUACCUGGCCGACCACCAGCGCAUCCACACGGGCGAGAAGCCCUUCUCCUGCUCUGAGUGCGGCAAGAGCUUCAGCCGCAGCGCCUACCUGGCCGACCACCAGCGCAUCCACACGGGCGAGAAGCCCUUCUCCUGCUCUGAGUGCGGCAAGAGCUUCAGCCGCAGCGCCUACCUGGCCGACCACCAGCGCAUCCACACGGGCGAGAAGCCCUUCUCCUGCUCUGAGUGCGGCAAGAGCUUCAGCCGCAGCGCCUACCUGGCCGACCACCAGCGCAUCCACACGGGCGAGAAGCCCUUCUCCUGCUCUGAGUGCGGCAAGAGCUUCAGCCGCAGCGCCUACCUGGCCGACCACCAGCGCAUCCACACGGGCGAGAAGCCCUUCUCCUGCUCUGAGUGCGGCAAGAGCUUCAGCCGCAGCGCCUACCUGGCCGACCACCAGCGCAUCCACACGGGCGAGAAGCCCUUUGGCUGCAGCGACUGUGGCAAGAGCUUCUCGCUGCGCUCCUACCUGCUGGACCACCGGCGUGUGCACACCGGUGAGCGGCCCUUCGGCUGCGGGGAGUGUGACAAGAGCUUCAAGCAGCGGGCACACCUCAUCGCGCACCAGAGCCUGCACGCCAAGAUGGCCCAGCCCGUAGGAUGAGUGCCAAGCUGGCGUGGGCUCCACGCCGCCCUGGGAGUCCCUGCAGCUGCACCUCCUUCCAGCGCCUGCAGUGCCCUCCUCUGGGUGGACCUCUGGACCUCACCUAGAGCCCUCUGCCGUCUGCUCGGAGGGUGCCCCUUCCCGCCCCCGGGCCUCUUUCUCCUCCGGCUUCCUUUAGUCCUCCCUCAGGUCCUUGCAGCAGCAGGGCCGUGGGGGGACUCGGGCAGGGCCGGGAGCCCCUCCCAGAGCUUCCUGGGCCUCCCUGGGCCCACUGUGGUUCCUGCCUUUCCAGGUGGAAUUGGGUCCCAUCCUCUGCCAGCAGGUGCUUGCCAGUGGGGGUGCAGGGCUGUGGACCCUCCAGUAGGCCCACGCCUGGGGAAAUCUGGGAGGCCUUGGGGCCUCUGGCCUUAGUGCCCUGCGGCUCUGGACCUGAGCACCUUGCCCUGUCCUCUUCCUGUCCCCGGAAGCUGCCCACCUUGCUGGGAAGGCUUGCCCAGGUGUGAGCCUCUGAGGGCCACCCACCUGCUGGUCUGGGGAGAGCAGUGGCUGAGCCGUGGGAGGCCACCCUGGAGACCAAGGGCAGGGCGGAGGCUGGCCGCUCCCCUCCAGGUCCUGGUGUACUUGGCGCUGGCCUCUAGCAGCGCCCCGCUGCACCACACUCUGUGUUGUCCUGUGUGUGCAGGUUUGUGUUAACAGGGCAGACCUGGGCCCUCAGAAGGAGCUCAGCCCGCAGGGCGCAGGCGUAAAUAAACCCGGAGACUUCC